AUGGUGGUCACAGCGAGCCCCGACACUUACUACCACCUUCUGGAGUAUGGAAUGCACAAAAUGCGCCUGCGGCUGGACCGCCUCUUUCUGCAGGCCUUCAUGGCCGGGGUCUACGUGGGGCUCGCGGGCCACUGCUGCACGACCAUUGCGGGGGCGUUCUCGGUGCAGCCCGGGGAGCCGCUGGCGGUGCCGAAGGCGGUGCAGAAGCUGGUGUACGGACUGCUGUUUCCCGUGGCGUUCAUCAGCAUCAUUUGGACGGGCGCAGAACUAUUUACUGGAAAUACAAUGACAAUGUUAGUUUGCAUUUUGGAAAGAAGAAUAAAAGUGCAUCAGCUAGCCAUAAACUGGAGCUUCAGUCUGGUGGGCAACUGGCUGGGGGCCCUCUUCGUGGCCUUCUUCCUCUCCCACCUCACGGGGGCCCUCGCAGACCCUUCUGUUUCUUCUUUUCUUUUCAAAACUGCAAAAGAUAAAAUCAAUUAUUCUUUUCUUUCUUGUUUUCUCCGCGCCGUCGGCUGCAACGCCUUCGUCUGCCUGGCGGUGUGGUUCGUCAUCGCCACCGACGACGGCGCCGGCAAGAUCAUGGCCCUCUGGUUUCCGAUAUUUGCGUUUUGCGUGGGGGGCUACGAACACAUAAUUGCAAACUUCUAUACUCUCCAAGUGGCCCUCAUGGCGGGGGCCCCCAUUUCUGUGGGAGCUGUUGUUGUGAACAACUUCAUUCCCACGCUUCUAGGAAACCUGGCCAGCAAACCCUAA